GGAACUUUCUUGCCCUAUUUAGAGAGCCACUUCUAAUCGCUUAUCGACAAGAAAAAUACAAUGGCUUUGUUUCUCGCUCUAUGCUUUGCAAUCAUUCUCUCAUUUUGCCAUGGCUCAGCUCAUGCUGCUAUCCCACCCCGUCCUCUUGAUGGACUUGUUGAAAAUGGGAACUUUGAGCAAGCACCAGCAAAAUCAAAUCUCAAGAAAAGAGCAAUAAUAGGAAAAUACUCGCUCCCGAAAUGGGAAAUCAAUGGCAUAGUAGAAUAUGUCUCAGGCGGGCCACAACCAGGUGGCUUCUACCUUGCCAUUCCUCGUGGGGUCCAUGCAGUGAGGCUAGGCAAUGAGGCAUCUAUCUCUCAAACUCUUACUGUCAAACCAGGCUCAAUUUAUGCACUCACGUUUGGAGCCACUAGAACCUGUGCUCAAGAUGAGGUGCUAAGAGUCUCGGUCCCUGGCCAGUCAAGUGACCUUCCUAUUCAAACCCUGUAUAGCAGCAAUGGGGGUGACACUUAUGCCUGGGCUUGGAAGGCUACCUCUAAAGCUGUCAAGGUCACAUUUCAUAACCCUGGCAUCCAAGAAGACCCCACUUGCGGACCUCUUUUGGAUGCUAUUGCAAUCAAGGAGACGUUACCUCUAAAGUAUAGUAAAGGCAACCUAGUGAAAAAUGGUGUCUUUGAAGUUGGUCCGCAUGUGUUCAAGAACUUCUCAACUGGGAUCCUGCUCCCUCCCAAGCAACAAGAUCUAAUUUCACCACUCCCUGGCUGGAUCAUUGAAUCCCUCAAACCAGUAAAAUACAUCGACAGCAAGCACUUCUUUGUCCCCACCGGAUUUGCAGCGAUUGAAAUGGUAGCAGGGAGAGAGAGUGCCAUAGCCCAAAUCAUCAGGACAAUCCCUAACAAAUUCUACAACCUCUCAUUCACAAUCGGAGAUGCAAAGAACGCUUGCCAUGGGUCAAUGAUGGUUGAGGCAUUUGCUGGCAGGGAAACUCUCAAAGUUCCCUACGUUUCACGGGGAAAAGGUGGAUACAAGACUGCAACUUUGAGGUUCAAAGCAAUUUCAUCCAGGACGAGGAUUACAUUUUACAGUGGAUAUUAUCACACCAAGUUACAUGAUUAUGGUCACAUGUGUGGCCCUGUCUUGGAUGAUGUGAGGGUGUUUCCUACUUAUUAAUAAGGAGAGAUUCGUUUGAUGUUACCAAAUGCAUGUGUCAUAAGUAAUUUUUGAUAUAAUUAAAGUCUUGCGAUUGUCUCUUGACAAAAAAUCUGUAACACUGAAAUGGGUGCUUGAAACUUCUGAAACCGAUGCAGAUAAAAGACAAACUUCAGUCAUUUUAC